AUGAGAGGACUCACCUUGACCAUUUUCCCCUUGUGGUGGGCUGCUGGAGUGAUUGCAGCCCCUACACGAGUUCAAGCUGCCCCUCCGGCUGAAUUCACACCGAACACGAGGGUCGGCCCCGGAGGAAGUAAAUACAAGGACUCGCCGCAUUUUCGCGUCUAUGAUGCGACAAGCGACUCUGUCGCGAACUCUGUACUCCAGAGUCUUGAGUCGGCAUAUGACUGUUUCGUAACUGGCCAAGGAUGGAGGUCGACGGGUCUCUCAUUUAAUCAAGACAAUGAUAAUGGGCCCUGGUAUAAGAUGAAUGUCUACGACGUUGCGGAUCUAGGGGCUAACACUGCAGCCAAUACCGGAACCGACAGCGCAACCGGCCUAAGUUUCCUAAAUGUCGUUACAGAAUGGAUGAAUACACCUUCGAUUACUGUUCACGAGUUCGGACAUGCUCUCACGUAUGCUGAGAGAUAUUGGAUUAACCAGGGUCGGACGGGAGCAUGGUGGGAGACGGUCGCUAACUUCGUCGCCGACACGUUUAUAACUUCUUCGAUUUGUGCGGACUCAAGGGCGCGCUAUAAUCAACCAAGUGGCGACACUCUUAUGAAUCUUAAGAAGGUUAUAAGCGAUUCUUUCCAAGUAAUCGUUGAUGGAUCAAGCAAUACCGGAAACUAUUACGAAGCAUGGCCAUUCCUUACAUACAUUACGAACAACCCAGACAACUAUGCUGGUUUAGGGAUGGCGAAUUUCCCGAACGUAUGGAGAAGAUAUAAGAGAAACAGCAAUGAGACCCCUCUGCACAUUUUGGAUCAGCUCGCAUCGCCUACCAAAAUCCAAACAAUUGUCGGUCGCUACUGGGCUAGAAUGGCGUAUGUCGACAUCGGGCACGAAAAGGCUAAUGCUUUAUUCAACAAGCAGAGGAAAGAGUUUAAUUACGCAAAUUUGGAUUCACAAGGCAAUGGGAAAUAUCGAGUUAAAUCAGCUCGACAGCCGCGUUAUAUGGGCGCCAACAUUAUCCCCUUGAAGGCGACUGGAUCAUCGAUCAGCAUUACUGUAACUGCUACGGCGCCCUAUACAGCUACUCUGGCGGUAAAGGGUUCCAGUGGAGCUGUUAGGUAUAUCGAGGUGGCAAACAACAAGGUGCAAGCAAAUUUGGCCAGCGGAGAGGAGGCUACUCUCGUGGUUGCGAACACGCCGAGUACGCUCUAUCUGUAUGAUCCCUUCUCACUUACUAGCGAUGUGAGUCGGGGCUUGGAUUACCAGUUGCAGAUUACUGGCGCAAGUGUCUAG